UCCGUGCUGCAUUCUCGUUUCGAAAAAUACGGGCGAACUUGUCUUUCGCAACCUUGAGCAUGUAAAUAUUUAUUUCCGAUAAUAAUUCGUUUACUUUGAAACGACAGUUGUGAAGCGCGCGACGAGCCAUGGCUACGACAAAGACGGUUUCACCGAUUGAAUGGGAUUUAUUAAACGACUUAAGUGCUGUGCCCGAAGAUACUAUUAUAGAUUUUCUUUUGGAGCGACUGCAGCACGGUCAAAUUUACACCUGGGUCGGUCCUCUUCUGUUGGCAUUGAAUCCUAACAAUGAAGUGUCAACGUCUCACUUGUACAACAUUUCAGAGUUCGAUAAGCAUGUUGAUAUGUCUAAAAAGAUGUUCGAAUCGAAUCCCCAUAUAUUUACUGUGGCGGCGAAAGCGCAUUACAAUCUUAUUCAGGAGUUUGGAAAAGAUCGUCAGUAUGAUGAAUUAAUCAAGGUAAUCGUUAUAAGCGGAGAGACCGAAACAGGAAAGACGUUCAACGGUACAAAGUGUUUAGAAUUCUUCUGCAGAAUUAACAAACAUUCGACGUGCGAUCAGGAUCACACACAGAAUAUUAUGUUAAGAAUUAUGGAUGCCUGUCGUUUGAUAUCUGCUUUCACAACUGCAUCCACUGAGAGAAACGAAGUCAGCUCGAGACAUGGACAACUUAUACGACUCCAUUAUAAAGCUGAUGCCAUUUCUGGAGCGACCAUUAAUUCGUUUCUUUUGGAGAGAAGCAGAGUGACAAGGGGUUCACAUAAUUUCCAAGUAUUUUACCAGAUGAUAUUUGGACUGUCCCGUAUUGAACUGCAGAGGCUUCAUUUAUCCAAGUACCGAAACUACGAUAUAUUGAACAUAGAUUACAGCAAGAAAACGGACUUUCACGAAGGUUUUCAGGAUACUUUGAAAGCUCUUGAUGUUCUCGGUUUCAGAGAUGAUCAGAAGAAUCAUAUUCAUGAAAUUCUUGCUUUGCUAAUCCAUAUGGGUAACAUUAAGUUCAGAGAAAUUGACGAAGCUUGCACCAUUAAUCUUGAUGACGAAGAGUCCAAAGAAGCUCUGGAAAGGACUUGCCAGUUAAGUAGCUUAACCGAGGACGUGGUAACAGAGCUGCUCACUACCAUUCUUAUUAAUCCAAAGAGUACAUGGAGGAAACACACCUCUUAUCAUCGCUGCCUCGUCACUGCCGGCGCGUGCCGUAUGAGAUUGCACAGCAUAAUUAGACACCUGUACCAUUUGCUUUUUUAUUGGAUUUUGAAUCGCGCGAACGAUGCAUUAUCCGUAAAAUAUGAAUGUUCUCGAUGGCUAGGUAUAUUGGAUAUAUUUGGCUUUGAAUCGUUCAACAAGAAUGGCAUGGAACAGCUCUGCGUGAAUUAUGCUAACGAAAAGAUGCAGCAACAUUUCAUGGAAACGUAUUUAGAGAACCGAAAGUAUUUGCAGAAGGAGGGUUUCGUUGAAAGCAACGAACCUUCGGACAUUAUCAAUAUUUACCAAGAACGCUUGACUGUUCUCGAAGAAAUUCUAUUUACAACCUUGAACGACGCUUCUCAAUCGUUUGUAGCAACAAACGUAUCCACAAUUACACAGCUGAUCUAUAAAAAAAUGCGUGGUGUUCAAAACAAAUUUCUGACUAUAAGAAGAGACGAUUUUGUUGUGCAACAUUACUCUUGCUCUGUUGCAUAUUCCAUAGAAGAUCUGUUGUCCAAAAAUACAGACAAGGUUCCAGAUGAGAUAUCCAUGGCUUUCCAUACAAGUGAGAAUGCAUUUCUCCGUUCUUUAUUUAAAAUCGAGAAAGACCAAGAACUGCAGAUCGUGAAUUCUUCCACUAAUAAAAAAACAAUGCUGACUAAAUUGAAGCAUAGUAUAGACACGCUUCUGAAAGAACUGAAGGAAUGUGAUUUGCAUUAUGUGAAAUGCAUUAAACCCAGUCGACUAAAUGACCAUGCGUGGGAUAAAGAAGACUUUCGAAAGCAAUUAGCUUAUAUUGGUAUUUUUGAUGCUUUGUCUCUUGCUAAUUGUAAAUAUCCAAUAAGGUUACAUUAUAAAGAUUUCUACCAACGUUAUUCUAAGCAACCGGAAGAGGUGGUCGAUGUCGGUAAAUGUAAGAUGAUUCUGGAGGCGGUUGAACCUGAACAGAGACUACACACGUUGGUCCACUAUGGAAGGCAAUUUAUCUUUUUAACAGAACCCAUCUUUUUCAAAUUAGAAACCAAUAGGAGGAAUUACUUGAUAAACUGCGCAAAUAAGAUACAAGAAUUUUGGAUCAGACACAGACGCAAUAGAAUUUCUGUAAACCCUGAGACAACGAACCAGUUUGGCGUUGAGACAGAAUUGAAGAAGUCAAGUAGUUCCGAAGAUGAUGAUGAUGAUGAUGAUGUAUUUAUUUCUAGUCCAGUUUUCCUGAAUCAUAAUAUUGUUGAAACGAAAGAAAAGCCAAUCGAAGAUUUUAUAGGAAAUAAUAUCUUACUAAACAGUAACAUAACAGAAAUCAAUGUAGAAAGAAUCAAUUUAAAUACGACACAAAAAUUGGUUAACGUCUGUUCAAAGAAAGAAAAUAUCGUUUUAAAACGAAAGGUCAAUGUUCCAGAGGUAUUACAUGACCCAAAAAACAUACAAGAAAAAAAUGUUUCUAAAUACCAAUUUAUGAAGAUCAUAAAAAACACUGUUAAAAAGUUGAUCAGAACAGUUAUACCCAAGAAAUUACAAAGAUUUACGCGUGGCGAAGGAUACAAAAAAGAAACGAGAUUCAGUGAUAAUAAUAACAAUUUGAUGAGAGAGUACUUUGAAAAUAAGAUGUCGGGGAAAAAUGUAAGUAGAAUUCAAAUUGGCAAUUGCACGCUAUUCCUUGGAAAUAGAAUUUUAAGUAGACGUAAGCUCUGCGAGACACCAAUCAGGAUACAUAUUAGACCUACGCGAUCAAAUAAUCUCUAUUCCCUUCACUUAAUACAACAAACGGAAUUAUCACGAGGACUGCAAGAUUGUAUUUGAAAGACGCGGCCUUGAAUUUUAUCAAGAGGUCAGUUUUACUUCAGUUUUCCUUUUUAUCUUUACAUAAAUUAAACAUUUUGCAACAUAUUUUGCUAGAGAUUUACAGGCCAAAUUGUCAUAGAAACUAGAUGUUAUUGCAAUAAGGAUUGUAAUUAACGACACUUGAACGGGGUAUGUACAUGCAUCAAUAUAUAAAUGUUUUCUCGCAUGAACGAGGAAAUAUUAAAAUUCGAUGUAUUUUCAAACUCGGAUAGUGUUGUAUGAAAUUUGUACUUGGACAGUGUAUUAAGACCAUUAAGUUAAAUUUAGAAAUAAAGAUUAUCAUUUUAAGUGUA